AUGGCGACGACAAAGACAAGGAAGCGACGAGCCGACAAGAAGCGGCGCAGCAAGCUCAGCAGCGACCCCAACGAUGUGUCCAACAACGGAUCCGGUGGUGUUCCCGGGGACCACCGAACGAGUCAAGCCAUGUCAAAGGCGAGCAAGCGACGCGCCAGAGCAAAACGCACAGCUGUUUCCGCGAGCAACCCAGUCGCCAUCCUCGAUUGCUAUGCUACCAGCGCGACUGCUAUGCAGGUGGACGACACCAUGGGGAUGCCCGUCGUCGCAUCCAGCAGCGGCCUUAGCAAGCUCGCAAGCCAGCCCGAAGGCGAACCAGCCAGGAAACUCGUCGGAGGAUCUGUCAAUACGCUCCUGAAGGAGCCUAUCGGUAAGACCCCUGGCAAACCCGCGGACAGGAAGAAGAAGAGGAAGAAGUCGAAAGAUUUCCAGCAAGAAGCUCAGCGAGUCAACGGGCAAGCAGGCUAG